AUGCCGUCCCCCGCCGGCCCCCCCCGCCGCACAUCCUCCCCUCUCUCCUCCCCCAGCUCAGCAGGCGCCCCCCAUCCACAGCAGGGAAGCCCCGCAACGAGCUCCACCCUCCCGCUCACAGACGACGAGAGCGAGCUGACAGAGGAGGAGGGAGACCCGACUGAAGGCGAGCGUGAGCAGGAAGAGAGAGCCGACGAGGGAGACGAUGCGGAGGAGGAACAGGGUGGAAUCAGACCGAGCCGAGCCGCUUCUCAAAUAUCAUCAGCUUCCCUGACUCCCCCACCUUCGGAUGUCCCGCACAAGUCUCCUUCGCCCCAACCUAACGGGAACGGCCAUCCCAUCAAUGGUGCUAUAGAGAACGACACGUCGGAGAGAUUGCUGGAUGAGGGCGAAGAGGAGGAUGGCGACGUGACGAUGCGUGCCGCCGAGGACACUGUUGACGAGCAAGAAGACGCCAGUAAGGCGAAUGGACACGUCGAGCAGGUAGAGGUCUCGGAUGCCGCCAUGGACGGGCAGGGAGCAGAUGAGCCGGAAUUGAACGGGUACGCUGAAGAGGACGCCAAUAUGGCUGGGGAGGGGGAGGAAGACCCAGCUUCCGGGGACCAUCUCGAGUCGGUUCCCAUACCAAUAGUGGGAUACAGCAAACACCUGCCACAUGGCCCCGCGCCUCCUGCAGCAGCAAUGAAGGAGCUAUUGAUGCUGGAGGUCAAAUUUGCCGAGUUAAGAAAUUGCCUAUACCUUGAGCAGAUGGAGGAGGCAGCUGCAGAGGAAGACAUGAUCUUGAAUGAGAAUUACCCUGCGCUGGGCUAUCUGUACAAGACACUAGAGGAACGUAGAGAACGUUUGCAUGAAGGAGCGUCAAAGAGGUAUGAGGCGCAAGUAGCAGAGUAUAGGCGGAUGAAGGACGCAGAGAAGCACUUGGUGUGGUCGUCGUGGACGGAUGAACGCGAAAGAAUACACUGGGAAGAGUUUCAGGCGACGUGGAGUAAGCGUCGGAAACUGGCGAGAGAGAAGGGGCUUGUCGAGACGCAUCGGCCGACCAAACCAAUACCGCCUCACAGCAAUAAUAUCCGCAACUUUGAUUGGGCACAGGAUGCAGUGCCAUCGCCGUUGCCCCGUGACGCCGCGUACCAAGAUGUGCUGGCAAUGGUAAGGAUCGCAUAG